AUGAAGAAGCGCUUUUCCUACAUGCUUAACAGUAUGACAUGCAAAUUUGACUCUGGUCACACCCCCCCACAAGACUUUGGCGAGAAGGACUUGAGGACCAACCCUGGCCUUGUAGCCAUCAUCACCAUCUUCUGCAUUAUCCUUGCUCUUGUGCUCAUCGUAGCCGCAGUGAAAUGCAUCCAAUCACCGAGAUCCGACUUUGAGAGGCUUGAAGACGUGCCCAUGAGUAGUCGGGAUUUGCUCCCUGUGGUCCACCAGGUGGUCAGGCGACGCUAUUCUGGUCCGUUGCUGCUCCCGCCACUGCGGAGGAGACACUCGUGUCAGGAUCACCAUUCUGAAACCCAUCGCUUUUCAACAACACAUGGGUUACCGUUGCAUCGCCUGGAGGCUCUCUACUGUCGAGCAUUGGCCAGUCAUGAUGAGCACCGUUUUGAUGUGGAGAAUGGCCUAUCGGUGGGUCGCAGCCCUCUGGAUGCCCAGACCAGCCCGGGUUCCGGUCUGGUCCUACAAUCCAAUGUUCCUCACAGUCAGCGUCGUGAGUCCUUCCUCUACCGCUCCGACUCAGACUAUGAUGUCUCUCCAAAAACCAUGUCACGAAACUCGUCCACGGCCAGCGACUUGCAUGGAGAAGACAUGAUCGUUACUCCAUUUGCGCAGAUUCUUGCCAGUCUGCGAACAGUAAGAAGUAAUUUUGCGGUUCUCACACAUUUGCAAGAUCGUGUUGGAAACAAGUGGCCGCCAAGCAGUAACCAGCCACCCCUGUGUAAACCAUGUCACACAGAGGAGCCUUUUCAGAAAUUGGCAGUGGAGACUCUGGAGGAGCUAGACUGGUGUCUUGACCAGCUAGAGACACUUCAAACAAGACACUCGGUCAGCGAGAUGGCGUCCAAUAAGUUUAAGAGAAUGCUAAACCGAGAACUGACUCAACUGUCAGAGACCAGCCGCUCAGGGAAUCAGGUGUCAGAGUUCAUUGCCAAUACCUUUCUCGAAAAACAACAUGAUGUGGAGAUCUUGUCUCCACCGCCUAAAGAGAAGGAGAAGAAGAAGAGGCCCAUGUCACAGAUCAGUGGUGUGAAAAAGGUGACACAGAGCCCCAGCCUUGCAUCUACCUGCAUCCCACGUUUUGGAGUAACCACACCACAGGAAAACCUGCUAGCCAGUGAGAUUGAGGACCUUAAUCGUUGGGGUCUGGAUGUAUUCAAGAUAGCAGAGCACUCUGGAAACCGCCCUUUGACGGUCAUCAUGUUCUCCAUCUUUCAGGAGCGAGAUUUACUAAAGACAUUUAGGAUCCCCAUUAACACCUUCAUCACGUUCAUGAUGACUUUAGAGGACCAUUACCGUGCUGAUGUAGCUUAUCACAACAACAUCCAUGCAGCAGAUGUUGUGCAGUCCACACACGUCCUCCUGUCUACUCCUGCUCUAGAGGCUGUAUUCACAGAUCUUGAAAUCAUGGCUGUUUUGUUUGCCAGUGCCAUUCAUGAUGUGGACCACCCUGGCGUUACAAACCAGUUCCUUAUCAACACAAGUUCCGAGUUAGCAUUAAUGUAUAAUGAUGCCUCAGUGCUAGAGAACCAUCACCUUGCCGUGGGAUUCAAAUUGCUUCAAGGUGACAACUGUGACAUCUUCCAGAACCUCAGCAAGAAACAGCGAGAUUCCCUCCGCAAGAUGGUGAUAGACAUGGUGCUGGCCACAGAUAUGUCCAAACAUAUGAACUUCUUGGCCGACAUGAAGACAAUGGUGGAGACCAAGAAAGUGACCAGUUUAGGAGUUUUGCUGCUUGAUAACUAUUCAGAUCGAAUCCAGGUUCUUCAGAAUAUGGUCCAUUGUGCCGAUCUGAGCAACCCAACCAAGCCUUUGGAACUUUACCGUCAGUGGACCGACCGCAUCAUGGUGGAAUUCUUCACACAGGGAGACAGGGAACGCGAUAAGGGCAUGGAGAUCAGUCCCAUGUGUGACAAACACAACGCCUCUAUUGAAAAAAGCCAGGUGGGCUUUAUUGACUACAUUGUUCACCCUCUGUGGGAGACAUGGGCGGAUUUGGUGCACCCUGAUGCUCAGGACAUCUUAGACACACUGGAGGACAACAGAGAGUGGUACCAGAGCAUGAUCCCACGUAGCCCCUCACCUUCCAGUCCUGACGAAUCCCACGCCGAGUUCAGAACAGGAGGUAGUCUGGGGGGGCCUAACCCCUCAACAGGGGUAAGCGGAGACAAGUUCCAGUUUGAACUGACACUGGAGGAAGAAGAGGAGGACGAGGAGUUGGAGUCUGACCUAGAGAGUCCGCACGAGGACGACCCCCAAUUGGGGACUGAGCGACACCAUGACUCGUCCUCCCCCUCGAUGUCUCCGGACGGCCGCGGCAGGUACCGCCCUCCUUCGCACAGCCCUCAUCCCCACAGGACAAGCUCAUCAAGCCACAAAGGACCUAAUGGUGAGGAGGACAAGGGCGACCCCUGCCUGCACGAAGGCUCAUAA